AUGAGCGCCAAGAAAAAGCAAGAGCGAAACCAAGAAACUAUUCGUAAGCUGUCUCUCCUCAACGAUAACAAGGAAUGUAUGGACUGCGUUGUAAAGGGAACUCCCUACGUCAUCAUGGACUUUGGAAUUUUCGUUUGUACCUUCUGCUCAGGUGUACACCGUAAUUUCAACUUCAAGGCUAAAGGAAUUUCCAUGACAAACUUUGAAGACAAGGAUGUAGAGUUUUUUGAAACACACGGAAACAAAGUUGCUCAAGCCACAUGGAGAGCAAAAUGGGAUCCAACCAAGGUCCCAAAACCAAAAUCCACUGACGAGAAAGGAAUUAAGGACUUUAUUGAAAAAACUUAUGUAAAAAAGCUGUGGUAUGAUGCUAGCGGAAGUGUACCAACAAGCAAACCAUCAUCAUCUGUUGAAGAAGUGCCUGUACAACCCAUCGAAAAUAUUAUUCCAAAUCCACAAAAAGUUGAAGUUACAAGAUCAAAUCCUGUGAAACCACAACAACCAUCCACUGAUCUUUUUUCAUUUGAUGAACCCAAACCUGUUCAACCUGCUACAAAACCAACCACAAACACCAAUGCAGGAGGAUUGGAUAAUUUCUUCUCAACUAUACCAUCACACACUUCUCAAAAUAAUACUUUUGGUAAUGAUGAUAACUGGGGCUUCCCUUCUAAUCAACCUCAAACAACAAGUGCUCAACCAUCCAAACCAACUAUUAAUGUCGAUGAUUUAUUUGCUGGAUUUGGCAAUCCACAACCUCCACAACAACAAUGGGGUGGAAAUCAACAGCAAUGGGGUGGAAACCAACAAACAUCACAACAAUGGGGUGGCAAUCAACAACAAUGGGGAAAUCAACCUUCUCAACCAUCACAACAAUGGGGAAGUGGACAACAAUGGGGAGGUCAGUCUCAGCAAUGGGGAGGAAUGUCACAACAACAUCAAUGGGGUAAUCAGCCAUCCUCAAUGAGUCAACAACCACAAUGGGGAAGUGGCCAACAACAACAAUGGGGCAACCAACCACCUCAACAACAAUGGGGAGGUCAACAGACAUCACAACAAUGGGGAGGAAAUCAACAACAAUGGGGUAGCCAGCCAUCCUCAAUGAGUCAACCUUCACAAUGGGGUAGUCAGUCUCCACCGCAAUGGGGAAAUCAACCUCCUCAAAAGAGAAACCUUCAAGACUCUCCACCACCAAAUAGAGACCCAUUCAGUGGCUUGACAGGACUCGGAAACACAAGCACUCAAAAUAGACCAGGAAGCAAUCCACCACCCUCCAACAACAACCCAUUCGACUUUUAA